AUGGUGAAAGAACAAACUCGGAACCACAAGAGGACGUUCGCAGCGUGCACCAGGCCAAGGAGCACAAGGCGCUUGCCAGGGGCUACGGAUACGGCCGAGAUGCGGGCAACCGACCUCUUCUUGGACUACCUGGAGUACCUUGAUUUUAAGGCUGCCGAAGGUGACAGCCUAGACGCAAGCCCGGUGGUCACUCAGGAGUCGACAGCAAUGUUCGUCCGGCACACACAGGGUCAGGGCAUACUGUCUUCUUCUAUGCAGCAUGCAGCCAAUCAAUUAAUGAAGACCACUGUGCCAGAAUAG